AUGUCGGGCGAAAAGAGGGCAGCGGGCGAGUCGUUCGGCAGCACACAGCUGGUCAAGAGACAGAGAUCAGAAGCAGACACCAAUGGCGCGCUGGUCAAGGCGAAUGGCGGCGCACUCAUACAAGGGGGAAAUUCAGCGGCAGGCCUCCAAGCUCCUGUUAUGGAGUUGAGCGGUCAUUCUGGCGAAAUCUUCACCGCGCGCUUCGACCCCUCCGGCUCCCACAUCGCCUCUGGCAGCAUGGACCGCAACAUCCUCCUCUGGAACACCACCGGCGAAUGCUCCAACUACGGCAUCCUCACCGGUCACAAGUCCGCAAUCCUCGACCUACACUGGUCCCGCGACAGCCAAGUCGUCUACAGCGCCAGCGCAGACCAGACCGUCGCAAGUUAUAACGUCGAAACCGGCGAGCGGAUACGGAAACAUGUAGGGCAUGAGGAGGUGAUCAACUGCUUGGACGUGAGUCGAAGAGGUGAAGAGUUCCUGGUAAGCGGGAGCGACGACGGAUAUAUCUGCGUCUGGGAUCCCCGACAAAAGGCGGCGAUCGACGAGAUUUCGACAGAGUUCCCUGUCACAGCGGUGUGCUUGGCGGAAGCAGGCAACGAGCUUUUCACGGGCAGCAUCGAUAACGAGAUCAAAGUCUGGGAUCUGCGAAUGAAGAAGGUCUCGUACACACUCACGGGCCACACCGACACGAUCACCUCACUCGCCAUAUCGCCCGACUCGCAAUCACUCCUCUCCUACGCACACGACUCCACGGCGCGAACAUGGGAUAUCCGGCCCUUCGCACCAGCAGAUCGCGCAAUCAAGGCCUUCGACGGCGCCCACGUGGGCUUGGAGAAGAACCUCAUUCGAGCAUGCUGGGACAGCGAAGGCAAGAAGAUUGCGGCGGGCGGUGGCGACGGGACGGCGACGAUUUGGGAUAGCAAGUCUGGCAAGCUGUUACAGAAGCUUCCUGGACAUAAGGGCACGGUGAAUGAUGUGCGGAUAUCCCCAGAUGGGUCGAUGAUUCUCUCGGCUAGUACGGACAGGACGAUGCUUUUGGGCGAGCUGCCUAGGUAG